AGCCUACAGGAACUUGUCAAUCAGGAUUGGCUUUACUGGCAAAUUCCUCACCACCUACCUUUUUUUCUUCUGUACAGCAUCCAACAGGAGACUGCAAGUGUGACACUAAUAUGAGGAAACCUUUAUAUGCCCCAGACCCUGGAGAACAUCAGGGGCCCGUCGGUUGUUGUGUUUAGAGGACUAUGCUCUCCUCGACACUGUAAGGCAAGCGCUCGUGCUAAACCAGCCAGAGCCAGAGCAGCCUCACAGCCAGCCUGAGCCUCAGCCUCCACCUAUGCAACAGCGAUGGAACUGAUGCUCCCAGGUGCUGACAUGGGGUCCCAGAAGGACUCCUUCCCCCUGAGCAGAAGGCAUCACUACCUCCACGUCCGGAGAAAACUGAGGCCCAUAAGGAUUCUAGCUUUCGUCCUCAGCAUCGUGACCCUCAGCACAGUCUUCUCAUUGGGUGCCUUUCAGUGGACUACUUCUUCUACUGGGCUUGAUGGAAAUGGAGGUGAUCUAAUUUCCUCCUCCCCCGCUGCUAUGUCCGGGGGAGACCUACUGCAGUCGGCCCCCCACAGAACUCUGCUCACCACCAAGCACCAGGGAGGCCACAACGUCUCUAUGAUGGAGGACAUGCCCGUGGCCAUGAAGUCUUCCAUGGAUGAGAUGAACCCGGGGGACUACCCCACAGAUCUCUUCAACCUGGAGGAGAGAAGGCAGGGGGCCGUCUGUCUGCACAUGUUUGGGAUGUUGUACAUGUUCAUCGCCUUAGCCAUUGUGUGCGACGAGUUCUUUGUCCCGGCCCUGACUGUGAUCACGGAGAAACUACAGAUCUCGGACGACGUUGCCGGGGCAACCUUCAUGGCGGCCGGGGGUUCUGCCCCGGAACUCUUCACCUCCGUCAUCGGGGUGUUCAUCUCCCACAGCAACGUGGGCAUAGGAACCAUUGUGGGUUCGGCCGUGUUCAACAUCCUGUUUGUCAUCGGGAUGUGCGCGUUGUUCUCCAGGGAGGUUCUCCAGUUGACCUGGUGGCCCCUCUUUAGAGACGUCUCCUUCUACAUCAUUGGUCUGUUGAUGCUCAUCCUGUUCUUUUUGGAUAACCAGAUCUUUCUGUGGGAAAGUAUCGCCUUGCUGAUGUGCUACUUGAGUUAUGUGACAUUUAUGAAGUUCAAUGCAGAUGUAGAGACCUUCAUAAAGAGUAAAUUGGGCCAGAAUCAAGUGGAAGAGAUGGAGGCCGCUCCUAAGGCCUCCCUCCACAACACCCUGAUGAGGAAUAGCAUCUUCCAGCUCAUGAUCCACACACUGGACCCCCUCAGUGAGGGUGAGGGACUGGGGGGGCGAUUCAAAGAGAAGGCAUCCAUUCUUCACAAGAUGGCCAAACAGAAAUGUCAAGGUGGUGGGGACGGGGAAAAACCCAACGGUGUCGCAGACAAAAGCAUCCCCAACAGUUCCAACGUGACAGUGGAAGUCACUUCGCCUGCGAAUGGCGACAUAGGACCGGCUGAGGAGGAGGAGGAGGAAGAUGAGGACGCUCCUCUGAGUUUGGAGUGGCCGGAGACGAACCGCAAACGAAUAACGUAUCUCCUUAUCCUCCCCAUCGUCUUCCCUUUGUGGCUCUCUCUGCCGGAUGUCAGGAGAGAGACUUCCGCGAAGUUCUUCCCCAUAACCUUCAUUGGUUCAAUCUGUUGGAUUGCUGCCUUCUCCUACCUCAUGGUGUGGUGGGCUCAUCAGGUUGGAGAGACCUUCUGGAUUACAGAGGAGAUCAUGGGAUUGACCAUAUUAGCAGCUGGUACCUCAAUCCCUGAUCUAAUCACCAGUGUCAUUGUAGCACGGAAAGGCCUUGGUGACAUGGCUGUGUCCAGCUCUGUAGGCUCCAACAUAUUUGACAUCACCGUGGGCCUGCCGUUCCCUUGGCUCAUCUACGGCCUAAUCAAUGACUUCAAGGCGGUGCAGGUGAGCAGCAACGGCCUGUUCUGCGCCAUCGUGCUCCUCUUCCUCAUGUUGCUCUUCGUCAUCAUCUCCAUCGCCUCCUGCAAGUGGAGGAUGAGCAAGUCGCUGGGAGGCCUCAUGUUUUUACUAUACAUCUUCUUCCUGGUAACCAGCGUCAUGCUGGAAGACAAGAUCAUAGUGUGUCCCAUCUCCGUCUGAAGGCCCCUCUUCAACCCCAAACCCCCUGGAAACACAAACACACACAUACAGCACACACAAUCAUAUAAUCCUCCGGUUGUCAAUGGGGGCUUCCGUUGUGAGGAGCAGUAGAAAACGAGCCUGGCGUGAUUGAUUGAUUUCAAAUGUCCGAGCACAACCUGCAGAUUAUAAUUUGCGAACUUUGAGCAGGGCAGACGGACCUAUCGAUUCACGAUCGAUUCACGAUGCUACUGCCCAACGGGGUGGGUUUCUCUCCACGUCACAUGACCACAUCCGAGAGCUUCCGUUGGUUUAAAUCCGUCGUUGGCUGACAAACAGGCGAUUUUAAUCACACCUAUGAUGGAGAGUAGGGGACCAUGUCUGGUUACUCCAAUCCAGAGGACUAUGUGAUAUGAUUAGAGAAUAUAUUUGAAUUAGUCAGGUAUCAACUGUCAAUCGGGCUCAAAAACGUUGACGGGCUGUAUGAAGUGGAGCUCUGGAAAAGGUCCGGCAUUGUCGUAAGCAGAAAGUGGAACCUGCCAGAGAAGUGUCUGAAGAUUGCACGGCUGAAGCGGAAGUGUUUUUCUUGAUUUUUGUAAAUUAGUUUUCAGAUGUAUUUAUAUUACAAAUGGUUAAUUGCAAAAUCCAGAAGGUUUUUGUUCUCAAAUCAAAAUCAAAAAUUUGUACAGUUCUGAUUUGGUUUAUAACUGGUACAUGGUUGUAUGAACUUGCAAAGUUUGGAAAAAGGUUCAAGUGUAUAUGAAGAGAAAAUGAUAGUAAUAUGACGAGGGUGGUUUUGUUAAGUAAAUAUAAUAUAGUAAAUCUAAUGUUAAUUUAUCUUCUGUUUCUUAACCCCAACCCAUAUUUUUUCCAACUUGUUUGACACUUAAUAUUAAGGUGAAUCCAGUUGAGCAAAUCUACUGUACCUAAUGCUACAACAUGUUUACGGUUGAAAACGUAACAAUACCAUUUUUUUCGGUAAAAGUACUUCCACUUAUUCUAUAUGCAAAUCAGUUGUGGAACAUGACAAAUGUGAAUAGCUAAAAUGGUCGACAGGUGUGAAAUUCGGCACACCGUAUGAUGUAGGCACACACUAUAUUAAAUCACUUUCGGUGUACAACAACCCCUUUCAAUCAAAUGUAUUUAUAAAGCCCUUUUUACAUCAGCAGAUGUCACAAGGUGCUAUACAGAAACCCAGACUAAAACCCCAAACAYUGCAGAUGUAGAAGCAGAUGUGAAGUGUAAAAACAUCUAAAGAGGGGUUGUGAACUCUGUACAAAUGAUCAUUUUCCCAUGUUUGAUACAGUUUGUAUGCUUCAGAAUCAUCUAAAUCAUCUAAAUAUUUAUUUUUUUAUACGUUAUUUGUUUGCUUGUUUUCUCUGUAUAAUACAGCAAACAGUAACAUGUAUAUCUGAAUAACAUCCAGGUUUUUUUUCCACUUGUGAUCAACUGAACAGAAUAGGGGUUGAAGAUUUUAUAUUGACCAAAGCAAAAUAGCAUGUGAAUGAUAUUAUCCGGUAAUCAAUAGUUCUACUCUGUAAAAAAAUCUAUAUGUUUCUUCUCCUUUAUAAGAUCGAUCAUAAAAAAUGUCCAAACUAUUUAGUUGCUGCAGAAUUGUUACCUUGCCAAUGCUGUACGGUGCUUACACUUUGACUGGCAAUGGCAAAACAUAUCACUGGGAUAUACUAUAUGUGAUUUUUAACAAUAAUAAUUGAACCAUCCGAAACUGAAUAGGCAAAAUAAAUGAGCUACUAUAUUCACAACUAAAAUAAUGGAUUAUCUUAGUUGAAAGAUAUUCCAUUUAUUACUGUAUCCCCCUUCACUUUUUGUUAAUUUCUCUAAGCCAAUUUCCUCAUUGUCAAUUUGUUUUCUCUCGUGUAUGCACUUUGUAUGCAUACAAACAGUUUGUAAACUMUAAAGUAAACUCAAAGUAGGAUCAUUCCAUCUUAUAUUCAGACCAAUAUUGCUUCCACUACUUUAGGGUUCAAUGUUGAUAUCUACAGAACACUGUUAGAUGACAGAUAACAUCUUAACUUUAGACAGCCACAUUAAAYUAAAGCACUUUCAUAUCUAGAGUGUGCAAUUUGUUGAUAUUUUUUUCAAUGGAUCUUAUGUGUGUGUAACAUUUAAUGUAUGGAUGAGCAGGAYGGAAAAACUGUCAAUAUGCAGAACUAUAUGGAUGGCGUGGAAGUGUAUCAUAAUACAYAACAAACAAUGAAUGGCAAUGCUUUUAUAUUUCUGUUACAAACCAUAUAUUUAAGUAUGAAUCAUGUAUAUGAAUCAUAAUCAUGUAUACUUGAAUCAUGUAUAAUAUUGUAAAAAUCAUAUCAGUCAUUCUGUAAAAAAUGUCAUAUGAUAAUAAAUGAAACUUUGUUUGAAAUGUAGGUGUCAAUUGCUUU